CUUCUUUCUUCCUUCAAGCCAUCGUCAACCUAUCAGUGUUCCUCGUCGAGGGCCUCGCGCUGACGUCUUUAUCAGCCACAGCAACAGCAGCAACAGCAACAACGAUGGGUACGUCGCCGCCUACAAUCUCACCCCCAUCUCACUUGCUAACUUUGCCAUGUUCCAGACCCGAAUCGAAACAUCUCAAGCGCGCCCUCUCCGGCAGCGCGUAGGACGAAGCAAGCGCACGACUCAAAACCAUCGCUGCCGAUGCCUCUGCGGCCCUGGCCAGGGGGAGAGCGGAUGCGCCAGCAGCAGCAGCAGCAGCAGCAAACUUCACCGCCCCUCUCCCUCCAGAGGCGCUACCGCCGUGCGCGAGAUGCUCGACGCCCGGAGCACGCCCAGAGCGAUGCCGACCCAGUAAGUGCUGCGCGCGAGCGUAUCGAGCGCCUCGUCUCCGCGACGACCUCGGCUUGCUCACGGUAUCCAUAUGCUGAUAGCUUCGUUCAGUCCUUUGCCGCCGCUGCCCUCACAGCAGCUCAGCUGCUAGGUGCCUUCCGUGCCGACGACCGCGCCGACGGCAGCGGCGGAGCCACUGCCCCUGCUCUGGCAGUCCUCCGCGAUCGGUCUAGGGUCUGUGCACUGCGCACGCGCAGCGUUCCAGCGGUCCUCCCACCCCUCGGCGCGAGCUUGGGUGAGGACCCUCCGGUCCCCGCCAGGAGGCCUGUCACUUGUUAUGUCAGUACUGCGUCAGGUCUCGGCAAUGGGCUGCUCGCCGUCGAGUUUCGUUUCCGCCGCGCUUUGGGCGCGGCUGACAAAGCCCGCUGCCCUUGCGGACGCGAUGCGCACAAGCUUCUCCUCAUCCUCCUUCUCGGUCCUCUCUUGAAAGCUUGCGGUGACAUAGUUCAGGUGUAGGUCCAAGGGAGGGACGCAGGCUUCGCCCUCAAGAUACCGGA